AAAGAGCAUGGCGUCUCCCGACAAGAGCCUGCAUUUGAACAUGCCCUUGAUGCCGCCGCCAAUGCACUCGCGCGGCGCCAGCGACCUAGGUGAACGACCUCUGACGCCCACCUCUCCACGACACCAGAACCAGAAUCACAAUGCGCAAGCCUUCAUCUCUCCAGUCCAGACGCCGCAGGGCAGUCCCAGCAAGAAUCGCAUGCCCCCUGGCGCCUUCGACCUGCCCGAUGUCUUCUCCAAUGCCAUGAAAUUACUGCCCACCCUGGGCUCUCCUUCAAAAACACCCAGAAACCAGGACCACAGCCCGACACGUAAGGGCAACAAGGAAAACGCACCACCUACUCGCCCUGGUGCUCAGCAACAAGACCAUGUCAGCCAAGCCGCUGCCAGUCGCCAGAGCCAGUACCGUGGUCAGGACGACCAGCCCCUGAGCAGACAACGCAGUGUCAUCUCUGGCGGUUUGACGCAGGAAGAGAUUGAGAAGCUGCAGAAGCCGACCGUCAAGCGUCUGGCCAAUGUGACUCAACUUNNUGUAUGUACAGCCUUCUUGAACUCACUCAAACAAGCUAACAGUCCAGAUUUCCUCGACCACUACUAUGAUCUUCUCAACUACGUCUCCACCCGCCAAAAGCGUACCGAGCUCUUCCACGCCCACAACCCUCCACCACCGCAGACUCCCAAUACCGAGUACCAAUCAAACAUGCAGCAGUACCUCGGUCGCGAACGUGCAAAGCUCCGCGCCAGACGUACUCGCCUCAAUCACGGUGACUUUGCCAUUCUCACUCAGGUCGGCCAGGGUGGUUAUGGCCAGGUUUACCUGGCGCAAAAGAAGGACACGCGUGAGGUUUGCGCUCUCAAAGUCAUGAGCAAGAAGCUGCUGUUCAAGCUCGACGAAGUGCGUCACGUCUUGACCGAGCGUGACAUUCUCACCACUGCCAAGAGCGACUGGCUGGUGCGUCUGUUGUACGCUUUCCAGGACGAUGCCAGUAUCUACCUUGCCAUGGAGUACGUUCCCGGUGGUGACUUCCGCACUCUUCUCAACAACACCGGUGUUCUGCACAACCGCCAUGCCCGUUUCUACAUCUCCGAGAUGUUCCUCUGUGUUGACGCUCUGCAUCAACUCGGUUACAUUCAUCGCGACCUUAAGCCCGAAAACUUCUUGAUCGAUAGCACUGGUCAUGUCAAGCUCACCGACUUUGGUCUGGCUGCUGGUUUCCUGGCCCCUGCCAAGAUUGAGAGUAUGCGCAUCAAGCUCGAGGAGGUUGGAAACAUGCCCCGCGACGCUAUUCCCUUUGGCAGGCCCAUUGAGGAGCGUUCGCUCAAGGAGAGAAGAGAAGGAUACCGCAGUCUGCGUGAGCGCGACGUCAACUAUGCAAAGAGUAUCGUCGGAAGCCCUGACUACAUGGCCCCUGAGGUCUUGAAGGGCGACGAGUACGACUUUACCGUCGACUACUGGUCUCUCGGAUGUAUGCUUUUCGAGGCUCUUGCUGGCUAUCCACCCUUUGCCGGUGCCACAGUUGACGAGACAUGGCAAAAUCUGAAGCGCUGGUCAUCCGUCUUGCGCAAGCCCGAGUACGAAGAUCCCAACUACUUCCUUUCUCGCCGUACAUGGGAUCUCAUUACGCGUCUUAUCUCCGGAAAGAACCAGAGACUGCGCGGCAUGUCGCAGGUCAAGGCACACGCCUACUUCGCCGAGGUCCGCUGGGAGCGUCUGCGUGAGGAACGUGCUCCUUUCGUGCCUGAACUUGACAGCGAGACUGAUGCCGGAUACUUCGACGACUUUGAGAGCGAGAAGGAUAUGGCCAAGUACAAGGAAGUCAAAGACAAGCAAAAGGCGCUCGAGGAGAUGGCCGAGAGGGACGAGAAGAUGGGCCGCAACUUGUUUCCCGCUGUUGACGAGAACGGCGAACGCACCAGCCCUCGCAAGCCUCUUCCUCAAGUGGACGAGGACUUUGGCACCAUCUUC